GAACCUUCUCCUGCGGGAGAAUUCCUUCUGCAGUCACUCUUGACAAAUUGAAAGUCUGGUCUGUUUGAUUUCGUUGGCAAUCUAUUUCCAGCUUCUGAUUGUCAGUUUUCCGCUAGUGUCAGAGACAUGAAUUACUCACGGUUCCUCACCGCCACGAGCGCAGCGAGAACGCCCUCUGCCAUCCGAGUCGCGACUGAGAUACGGAUAAAGGCACCGAAAUCAGUCAUCUCCUUGGCUACUGGAUCACCAAACUCCAACACGUUCCCUUUUAAGACUGCUGUUAUCACCAUAAAAAAUGGAAAGCCCAUCCAAUUUGAUGAAGAGAUGAUGAAGAGGGCACUUCAGUAUUCUCAAAGUGCUGGAAUCCCAGAGCUGUUGUCCUGGCUAAAACAGUUACAAGUAAAAUUACAUAAUCCUCCCACCAUCAAUUAUCCAAGCAGUCAAGGACAGAUGGACAUAUGCAUAACAGCUGGCAGCCAAGAUGGUCUUUGCAAGGUGUUUGAAAUGAUCAUUAAUCCUGGAGAUAAUGUCCUCCUAAAUGAACCUGUUUAUUCAGGAACACUUCAAGCUCUGAAGCCACUGGGCUGCAACAUCAUUAAUGUCGCCAGUGAUGAAUAUGGGAUGAUUCCGGCCUCCCUCAAAGAAGUCCUUUCCAAAUGGAAACCAGAGGAGUCAAAGAACCCUAAAAAAAACACCCCCAAAUGUCUUUACAUUGUCCCAAAUGGCAACAACCCUACUGGAAACUCAUUAACAAGUAACCGCAAGAAGGAAAUCUAUGAGCUCGCAAGAAAAUAUGAUUUCCUCAUCAUAGAAGAUGAUCCUUACUAUUUUCUCCAGUUCAGCAAGCCCCGGGCACCAACAUUUCUUUCCAUGGACGUUGAUGGGCGUGUCAUCAGAACGGACUCUUUUUCAAAAGUCCUCUCCUCUGGGCUGAGAAUAGGGUUUAUAACUGGUCCAAAAUCCUUGAUAGAGAGAGUUGUUUUUCACACACAAGUCUCAACCAUGCACCCCAGCACUUUUACACAGCUUCUGAUCUCACAGCUUCUACACCAGUGGGGAGAAGAGGGUUUCCUGGUUCAUGUAGACAGGGUUGCUGAUUUCUAUAUGAACCAGAAGGAUGCAAUAGUGGCAGCUGCAAACAAAUGGUUAAGUGGUUUGGCAGAAUGGAAUGUUCCUACUGCUGGAAUGUUUUUAUGGGUUAAAAUUAAGGGCAUUUCUGAUGUAAAACAACUGAUUGAAGAAAAAGCCAUUAAGAAAGAGAUAUUAAUGCUUCCUGGAAAUAUUUUCUACGUUGAUAGCUCAGCUCCUAGCCCUUACUUUAGAGCGUCCUUCUCCUCAGCUUCUCCAGAAGAGAUGGAUGUGGCCUUCCAGAGAUUAGCCCAACUUAUUAAAGAAUCUUUAUGAAGAAA